AUGACAGAUGAUGGAGUGGUUCUUCAGUGUACUGCGGUCGUCCACAAAGAGCAGCAGAAGCUGUGCCUGGCGGCAGAGGGGUUCGGCAACAGACUUUGUUUCUUGGAGUCUACUUCCAAUUCCAAGAAUGUCCCCCCGGACCUGUCCAUCUGCACCUUCGUGCUGGAGCAGUCCCUCUCAGUGCGUGCUCUGCAGGAGAUGCUGGCCAACACGGUGGAGAAGUCGGAAGGGAAAUUCAUGAUGAAGACGGCUCAAGGUGGUGGCCACCGGACACUCCUCUACGGACAUGCCAUAUUGCUACGUCAUUCCUACAGUGGCAUGUAUCUGUGCUGCCUGUCCACCUCCCGGUCCUCAACUGACAAACUAGCCUUUGAUGUUGGCCUGCAGGAGGAAACCACAGGGGAGGCUUGUUGGUGGACCAUCCAUCCCGCCUCUAAGCAGAGGUCUGAAGGAGAAAAAGUACGCGUUGGAGAUGACCUCAUCCUGGUCAGCGUGUCCUCAGAAAGGUACUUGCACCUGUCUUACGGCAGUGACAGCCUGCAUGUGGACGCUGCGUUCCAGCAGACCCUCUGGAGCGUGGCCCCGAUCAGCUCAGGAAGCGAAGCAGCCCAAGGGUACCUCAUUGGCGGUGAUGUUCUCCGGCUGCUGCAUGGACACAUGGACGAGUGUCUCACUGUCCCUUCAGGAGAACAUGGUGACGAUCAUCGGAGAACGGUUCAUUACGAAGGUGGUGCCGUAUCCAUUCACGCACGCUCCCUGUGGAGAUUAGAGACACUGCGAGUCGCGUGGAGCGGGAGCCAUAUAAGAUGGGGCCAGCCGUUCCGACUCCGGCACGUCACCACAGGAAAGUACUUGAGCCUCAUGGAAGACAAAAACCUUGUACUUAUGGACAAAGAAAAAGCUGAUGUAAAAUCGACAGCGUUUGCCUUCCGGUCUUCCAAGGAAAAAUUGGAUGUAGGGGUAAGAAAAGAUGUUGAUGGCAUGGGAACUUCAGAAAUCAAAUAUGGGGAUUCCAUAUGCUACAUACAACAUGUGGAUACAGGCCUGUGGCUGACCUACCAAUCUGUAGAUGUGAAAUCAGUUCGGAUGGGAUCCAUACAGCGUAAGGCUAUCAUGCACCAUGAAGGCCACAUGGACGAUGGACUGAAUCUAUCCAGAUCCCAGCAUGAGGAAUCCCGCACAGCCCGAGUCAUACGGAGCACAGUGUUCCUCUUCAACAGAUUCAUACGGGGCCUGGAUGCGCUCAGCAAGAAAGCAAAGGCACCUGCUGUGGACUUGCCCAUAGAGUCCAUGAGCCUGAGUCUGCAGGACCUCAUCGGCUACUUCCACCCCCCAGACGAGCACUUGGAACACGAGGACAAGCAGAACAGGCUGCGAGCCUUGAAAAACAGACAGAAUCUCUUCCAGGAAGAGGGAAUGAUCAACCUGGUGCUGGAGUGUGUCGACCGCCUGCACGUCUACAGCAGCGCAGCACACUUUGCAGAUGUUGCCGGGCGAGAAGCGGGGGAGUCCUGGAAAUCCAUUCUCAAUUCUCUGUAUGAGUUGCUGGCGGCUCUAAUUAGAGGAAAUCGUAAAAACUGUGCUCAAUUUUCUGGCUCCCUUGACUGGCUGAUCAGCAGAUUGGAAAGAUUAGAAGCAUCCUCUGGCAUUUUGGAAGUCCUGCACUGUGUGUUGGUGGAAAGUCCUGAGGCUCUGAACAUUAUUAAAGAAGGGCACAUCAAGUCCAUCAUCUCACUCUUAGACAAGCACGGGAGAAACCACAAAGUCCUGGACGUCUUGUGUUCUCUCUGUGUGUGCCAUGGAGUUGCCGUCCGGUCUAACCAGCAUCUCAUCUGUGACAAUCUCCUACCAGGACGAGAUCUUUUAUUGCAGACCCGUCUUGUGAACCAUGUCAGUAGUAUGAGACCCAACAUUUUCCUGGGAGUCAGUGAAGGGUCUGCACAGUAUAAAAAGUGGUACUACGAACUCAUGGUGGACCACACCGGGCCUUUUGUCACGGCAGAAGCCACUCACCUGCGAGUGGGCUGGGCUUCCACUGAAGGCUAUUCUCCAUACCCUGGUGGGGGUGAAGAAUGGGGUGGCAACGGAGUUGGUGAUGACCUUUUCUCCUAUGGCUUCGAUGGCCUUCACCUCUGGUCAGGUUGUAUUGCUCGCACCGUGAGCUCGCCCAACCAGCACCUGUUAAGAACGGAUGAUGUCAUCAGUUGCUGUUUAGAUCUAAGUGCCCCCAGCAUCUCCUUCCGCAUUAACGGACAGCCUGUUCAAGGGAUGUUUGAGAACUUCAACAUCGAUGGUCUUUUCUUUCCAGUUGUUAGUUUCUCUGCAGGAAUAAAGGUUCGCUUUCUGCUUGGGGGGCGACAUGGGGAGUUUAAGUUUCUCCCUCCACCUGGUUACGCAGCUUGCUACGAAGCUGUGUUGCCGAAAGAGAAGUUGAAAGUGGAACACAGUCGAGAAUAUAAACAAGAACGGACGUACACACGGGACCUGCUGGGCCCCACAGUUUCCCUGACCCAAGCUGCCUUCACACCUGUCCCUGUGGACACCAGCCAGAUCGUGUUGCCUCCUCAUCUAGAAAGGAUAAGAGAAAAGCUGGCAGAGAACAUCCAUGAACUCUGGGUCAUGAAUAAAAUUGAACUUGGCUGGCAGUAUGGUCCGGUACAUAAUUUUGAAAUUUAUUAUCAGAUUCUGUUAAUACAUGUUUUGGAAAACAUAACAUUUCUCUUUCGUCCUGUUAUGGGGUGGACAUGAAUCAAUAGGAUUGAUUUUCCUUUUGGCUGCAUAUUAGUUUUGUGAAGUUUUUUUUUUUUUAAACUAGAAAG